AUGCUGACAAAGGCGCAAUGUAUUGAUCUAUCAAAAGAAAAGCAGGGCGGAUCUAGGAGCAGCGCCAAGAAGAAGGGGAAAGGGAAGCAACACUCGGCGAGAAAGAACUUUGUUGACUCGGACGAUGAGGAUGCGCCUGCACCACCGAGGAGGAAGUUUGACAUCAGAAAAGUGAGGUGUCAUAAGUGUGGCCUCCUCGGUCACUUCAAGGCUAACUGCGAGGAAGCACCGAAGCAGCGGGCGCUCAUUGCCGAGGAAGGAGACGACAGGGAUAUGAUGCUGAUGUGA